AUGGGAAACGACUCGGCCUUAAUUGACACUUUGCUCAGACAGUUAUCCACUGCUUUUAAAAUUCGCGAUCUUGGUAACCCGGGGUUCUUUCUUGGUAUCGAGACUCUAACGAUUGAUAGUGGCUUAUUACUUACUCAGCGGCGUUACAUGCAUGAUAUUUUGCAGCGAGCUGGGAUGACGGACUGCAAACCUCUAGCUACUCCAGCAGCUGUGACUAAGGCCGUUACACCAUCGGACGAACCGUACGAAAAUCCAACUCAGUAUAGGCGACUUGUUGGGGCGCUACAGUAUCUCACCAUUACUCGCCCAGAUCUCUCUUACGCGGUUAACCGCCUUUGUCAGUUUAUGCACUCACCGACGGUCGAUCAUUACGGGCUUUUGAAACGAGUCUUACGGUAUAUCAAGGACACUCUGGACUGCGGGCUACGUCUGUCACCCUCGACCUCCACAACUAUUCACGCCUUCUCGGACUCCGACUGGGCUGGGUGUCCUAUCGACAGAAAAAGCACAAGUGGGUAUGCUGUCUUCUUAGGUUCUAAUCUUGUUUCUUGGCUCUCUUGGAAGCAGCGUACCGUUGCCCGCUCCUCGACUGAAGCUGAGUAUAAAGCCCUAACCGAUGUCUCUGCAGAAGUUACUUGGAUUGUGUCUCUACUUCGGGAAAUUGGUUUGCACACCGGCGAGCCGGCUACCUUGUGGUGUGACAACCUGGGCGCCACAUAUCUUUGCGCUAAUCCCGUUUUUCACGCCAGGACUAAACAUAUUGAAAUUGACUUCCACUUUGUUCGGGACAGAGUCGCUGCUGGGGACUUCAUAGUUAAUUUUGUGUCCACUAAAGAUCAGCUGGCAGACGUCUUCAUUAAACCGCUGCCUGCACCGAGGUUCUCUAUGCUCCGUGACAAGCUCAACAUUGUCUCUCACCACUCUUGA